GCUGGCAAACGCCGUGCAGAAAAAGGUGGUGGUGGUGGGCGGAGGCGUAGCCGGCUUGGCGGCGCUCAAGAUGCUCUACAAUAACUCGUUUACGAACGUGCACCUUCUGGAGGCACAGGACUACUGGGGCGGCAGAGUCAAGACCCACAGGGAAGCGCUUCCUUCGGGCAAGCAGAUCCUGACGGAGGACGGCGCCGAAUGGAUCCAUGGAGGCCCAGGAAACUUUCUUUACAAUAUCUCGCAGGAACUGAAUAAAUUCACUGAGCCUCUAGACGAUUCUGCCUAUGUCUGGAUGGCCAGGACGCAGUCAGGAGAGAAUGCUGACCCUUCGGGCUUCGACGUGGCCCAGGGACUGAUGCAGGAAUGCGAGGAUGACAACGUGCAAGCCCAGUUCUAUGGCUCUGGCUACGGAAAGUGCUACGCGGACAAGUUUUCGGCCAAAUACGACAGUUCUCCAGCGUAUCAGCCGGAGAAAGACGCCUGGCGUUUCUACCUUAACAAGUGGGUGCUGAAGGACACGGGCCUCGUCGACUGGGAGGAUCAGUCUAUGGAGGACGCGGAUCACUUCACUGACUGGGGUUAUGAUAUGUGGAAUCAGUGGGCGGACGGCUACGACGCUAUUGUCAAUUACCUUAGGGUAAAAGAGGCAGAGAUCUUCUGGGACAUCGUCGACGGGAACUCCGAGAACAAGGUCCUGGUGGUGACGCAGGCCGGCGCCUCUUACCUGGCCGACCACGUCAUCCUCACGCCCUCCAUCGGGCACCUCAAGGAGCGCCAUGCCAGCCUCUUCACGCCCGCACUACCUGACUCCUAUCAGGCGGCCAUGGCGGUAGAAGUAGAGGGAAGCAGCGAAAGGAAAUGGAAGCAUCGAGAAAUAAGGGCAAACGAUAAAAAGAUUGGUGUAACCAAGAUCAAGAGAAUAUAA